CCGCCCCCCGCGCGCGGGGCGGGGCAGGAACCGGAAGUCGGAGGGGACCUGGGCCAGGCCAGUGUCAAACUACACAUGAUGGAUCCAGCUGUUAUGUCGACUCUGAGAUGCCGUCAAUCAAGAGGUUACUCUUGACUUGGGCAGAAGGUUCAGAGGGAGGAAGAACCAUGGUGUGUGCCUUGUGAGAAGCCCAGCAUGUCACUGGAAGCAAGCAGAGUGCAGCGUGACAGUGACAUGGCCGAGCCCCACACUUUCCCACUGGAACCCCUCCCUGCGCCUUCAGGUGCCCUGAUGGGUCAUCCCCAGCCUGGCCCUCAAAGCUUGGCCGAGGGCUUCCUGGAAGAGGAGCGGCGCCUCAAUGAUGAGCUGAAGCAAAUGCAGUUUUCAGAGCCCGUGGGCAUCAUCUACAACCCUGUGGAGUAUGCAUGGGCGCCUCACCACGCCUACGUGACACGCUACUGCCAGGGCCCCAAGGAAGUGCUCUUUCUGGGCAUGAACCCGGGACCCUUUGGCAUGGCCCAGACUGGGGUGCCCUUUGGGGAAGUGAAUGUCGUCCGGGACUGGUUGGGCAUUGGGGGUCCUGUGAUGACCCCUUCCCAAGAGCACCCUAAGCGACCAGUGCUGGGACUCGAGUGCCCACAGUCAGAGGUGAGCGGUGCCCGAUUCUGGGGCUUUUUCCGGAACCUGUGUGGACAGCCCGAGGUCUUCUUCCGCCACUGUUUUGUCCACAACCUGUGUCCCUUGCUCUUCCUGGCCGCCAGCGGACGCAACAUCACCCCUGCCGAGCUGCCUGCCAAGCAGCGGGAUCAGCUUCUCGGGGCCUGUGACGUGGCCCUCUGCCGGCAGGUGCAGCUGCUGGGCGUGCGGCUGGUGGUGGGAGUGGGGCGGCUGGCGGAGCAGCGGGCGCGGCGGGCCCUGGCGGGGCUGAUGCCAGAGGUCCAGGUGGAAGGGCUGCUGCACCCCUCCCCUCGGAGCCCCCAGGCCAACAGGGGCUGGGAGGCCGUGGCCAAGGAGAGGCUGAACGAGUUGGGACUGCUGCCGCUGCUGACAGAGUGAGCCCCCGGGCCUGGUGGAGGACACGCCGGACUCCCAGGUUAUUCUUGGUGCGCAGCUCUACGUGCCUUCCUGGACUGGAGCAACAGGGGCCGCGUGGCCGUUCUCAUACUACUGCUUACCGCCCCAGGUCCUGCCUUCUCCCCUGCCUCUGUGGUCCUGUGGCGCCUG